CUGAGAGUCCCUUAAUCUUGUAUCUUAAAAAUGUACUCUCUGUGUUUUUAAUUUCUUAUCAAAAUGAUUAACUAAUAAAAACCAAACAAAUUAUAGUCCAGAAUAUACCUUGCUCUAAGCAAUUUCCACUGUUCCCAAGAUAAGACUGUUAUUAGUUAAUAAACAACAAUCUAACACAUACAGAAAUACUCUCGAUUCCACUCAAAAGAGCACUCCAAAGAGCGGAUGAUCAAAGUUUACAAUAAGAUUGGAAAAAGUUUCGCUUUUAAUGAAGGGGGUUCGGCACUGGGACCUCAAUUCGCGAUCAGUUCUCUCAGCGCGCGCAUUUCAGCAGUUCUAAAAAAUGGCCUCAUCGGUAAUCCCCAAAUCCGUUAAUCCAGAUCUGCAAAAGGAGCGGGAUGGAGCCAGUUUCAACAGCGAGGAGUUCGCCGCCUGGUGGGCAGGGAGCGAAAAGGAGCUAAAGUUCACCCGGGGUGUUCGCGAUUACCUUCAUAAGGAUGUUAAUCUUGAUGAGAUGCUGCAGAUCCAGAACAUGUCACACGAGGAUAUCAACGAAUUCUCCAUAAGGACGUCUAUAGAUGCGGCUAAGAAGCUACGUCGCCUGCAGGAGGAACGCAAUCCAGGGGGAGAUGAAUACUGGCCGAAUCUCUACGACAACAAGGUGAUGUGGGGUCUCACACCAGCUGGCAAUCCUUUUGGAGUGAUGUACGUGAUGCUGGUGAAGGCUCUGCAGGCCCAGUGCACUCCGGAGCAGUAUGAGGAGUUUGGAAAGCGUAUGGAGAAGUUCGAGAUUUGCGGCACAUAUGCCCAAACUGAGCUAGGUCAUGGAACUUAUCUGCGUGGUCUGGAAACUAGAGCUGAUUUCGAUCCCAAAACUGAUGAAUUUGUACUGAACACACCGAAGAUAUCUUCCUACAAGUUUUGGCCAGGAGGCUUGGGACACAGCUCCAAUCACUGUCUGAUAAUGGCCCAGUUGUACAUCAACAAUGAAUCCAAAGGACCUCAUAUGUUCUUUAUCCAAGUUCGCGAUGAAGAGACCCACGAACCUCUUCCUGGCGUCCACAUUGGCGAUAUUGGAAAGAAGAUGGGCUUCAUUGGAGUAAACAAUGGUUUCCUGGGCUUGAAGAACGUGAGGAUUCCCCGCACCCGCAUGUUGAUGCGACACGCCAAGGUCAAUGCCGAUGGCUCCUAUGUGAGCAGCCCCGCAAAUGUCCUUACCUACUUCGCCAUGGUGCGCACGCGCUGUGUGAUUGCUCAAAACAAUGCUCUGGUUCUAGCAGGAGCUGCUACCAUUGCUACGCGGUACUCCGCUGUGCGCCGUCAAAGUCCAAUUAAUCCAAAGGAACGUGAGCCACAAAUUCUGGACCAUGUCACUCAGCAGUUUAAACUCUUCCCGGAGAUAGCCACCAGCUUGGCUCAUCGGCUGGCUAGCGAUUACCUCUGGAAACUGUACGACGCUACCAUUGAUGACAUUGCUAAUGGAAAAUACGACCGGCUGCCCGAACUCCACUCCCUUUCCUGUGCCUUAAAAGUAACUUGUUCGUCGGACUCUGCUGCUGGUGUGGAACGACUGCGACUGGCUUGCGGUGGUCAUGGCUACCUGACCUCGUCCAACAUGAGCAACCUGUAUGUCGCGGCCACCGCCGCCUGCACGUACGAGGGCGAGAAUACGGUACUGCUUCUCCAGAUUGGCCGCUUCCUGAUGAAGUCUUGGCGCUCGGCACUCAGUGGAGCUCCAUUAGCGCCCACAGUUCGUUACCUGUCCGAGGUACAAAAGAAUCCAGAGUUUGGAACUUGGACAGGCACUUGGGAAAACAUGGUGAAGGCUAUGGAGUAUACAGCUGCCUAUAAGACGCGUUUGGCUUUCAAGAGCCUCUCCAAUCGUCUAUCUAGAGGCGAAAGUGAAGGAAAUGCGGCCAAUCAAACAGGAAUUGAGUUCACUCAGGCAGCAGAGCUACAUGGUCGGGCAUUUAUUUUCUCGUCGUUUACCACUGAAGUGACUGGCCCCAACUCUAAGAACCGAUCGGCGGCCUUUAAUCGAGUGCUGGAGAACCUAUUGGAACUAUACUUGGUCAAGGAGACGCUCAACCAAUUGAGCAACCUGUUAAGAUUCAUCAACCUGACCGAUACGGAUCUAACCAGGCUGCAGGAUCGCUUGGAAACAGUUCUUACUAAAUUGCGCCCCGAUGCUGUGGCCAUUGUGGAUGGCUUUGACUUCAGUGAUCUUCAGCUGAACUCCACCCUGGGAUCCUUCGAUGGAAAUGCUUAUGAGCGCAUUUUCGAUGCUGUUCUAAAGAAUCCGAUGAACCAGAAACUAGUGCCCAAGUCCUUCCAUCAAUACCUUAAACCCUUCAUGAAGUCUAACAUCUAAUUCUCGGUGCUCAGUACAAAAUAUUUAUACUUUGGUGAUGUGUUAUAUUAUUUUAAGCUGCAAUAUUUUUAUACAAAUGUUUUGUCUUUACAAUUAUACUCUUAUAUGAAUUAUUGAAA